AUGGAGGAUGCAGAAAAUGAUUCAUCUGAGAGUUCUACCCGGGAGCGUAGUUCUUCAAAUUUUAAUGAUGAAGAGAGUUUAAAAACAGCCGUAAGUGACGAAGAUUGUGAAGAUGAAAGUCGUGAUACUAAUUUCAGUUCAUCCGAUGCUGAAGACUUUUACCGAAAUCAUCCAUGUGCUGUCAAUGAACCAUGGUAUGUUCGUCAUUUGGAUUUGGUGGAUCGAAUUAAUGAUGCGGAUGAUGAACGUGAUGAUUUCUCAGAUGGCGAUUAUAAUCCGACUGUCGCUAGCUGCGAUGAUGAACCGUUUAUACCGCCAUCAGAACGUGAUGACGCUCCUUUGUCCGGUAUUUUACAGAAUCCUGAGCUUGAUAAAAUCGAUCCAAAGAGAUUUUUCCCCGAUUAUUCACGCAAUAAAGUUUUACGAUUCUCUCGUCUUUUCGGAGCUAACAUUAAAUCUUCAUCGAGAACAAGAAUUUGGUGGCCAUCAAAGACAUUCCGGCCAAACAGCCCCAGGCAGGAAGAAGAUGAAGCGGUAGGAGUAACAAGCGCGGAAAAGCCGCAUGUGUUCAAAAAGCCUACAGAACUUGUUGAAACAUCACAAUCCAUCGAAACUUACGGUCCGAAAUUAAUGUUCGGAGAUCCUCCUGCUCCAGAAGACUGCCUUGUGGAUGAUGAAAUUCUUUUAAUGAGACCUUCAACUUCGACUGUAUCUGCUAAAAAUGGUAAUGGUGAUGGCGACAUGAAUGAUGUAUCACCGUGGAGAUUCGGUCCUGCGCGCAUUUGGUAUGAUUCAAUGAAUGUUUUGUCUAAUCCAUCUCAUUUUGAUUAUGGAUUCAAAUUGAAGCGUGAGCAGUCAUUGCGAAAAAAGGGUCCCAUGAAAGAUGAGAAGAAUGAUGAAAGUGAAGAUGAAGUGGUCGAGGAAGAAAUUGGCCCUGGAUUGGCAGCGAGUGAACCAUUUCCUCCAGAAACGUUCCUUCCUGUAAAUUUAAUUCGGUGGGAGGAUGAUAUAAUACUCGAUGAAGAACAAGCUAGGCGACAGAUUCUGAAAAAUUUAGCUUCCCAACCACCCGAUAAAUUACCGGAAUGUGGUUGGGUGCCCACACAGCAAACGAGAAAUUACGAGUCUUUUAUGACAGCUUUUAAAACCCGUGCAUUUGAACAGAUGUUUGCGAAACCAGGCACAUUUCCACCACUAAACAGUGCGAAUUUGGAUUUCCCAAAAGAACCAACCCCAUCUCAUUCUAUUUUUCCUAUGGAAAACUAUGAUUUGCUUUAUACAAGAUGGGAAGAUGAUAUUAUAUGGGAUUCAGAAAAUAUGGAUCACAUACCAGAACCGAAACUCCUUACUCUUGAUUACUCAGACGAUCCGAAAUUAUUUGGUAUGCCAGAAGACAAAGCGACUGAAGAUAAGGUUCAAGAUGGUGAAUUACCAAAUCCACCAAAACCGUUCGAUCGAAAAGUAGUGUUUUAUAUUACGAAAGAGCAUCAAUUCACAAAGAAAUCCAAAAUGAUUCUCGGCCAAGUGCAACAGCGACAGAAACAAGAAGAAGAUGAACAGAUGGAGAGUUCUAUUGCUCAGCUAACUGACAAGGAUCCGUUUAACCUUAGCAAUGAUGAUUAUUAUAGGCCUAAAAAUGUCGAGAGAACAAUCAGUUCUCUUUCUGGCAGUUCACUAAUUCAACAUUCACUACCUGCACAGAAUAUACAUCGGACGUUUUUCCCGACGCACUUAAAUCCAUUUAAAUUACGGCAUUAUCAUCGUUUACCGUUGUCUAAACGAAUUUUGCGAACAACAGGCACUCGCCUGGUGUCUGUUAAAACACUAACCAAAUUGAUCAAAGAAAAGGAAGAGUUUCGUGAAAAACAGAAGGCAGCAGAAGGAGGGGGUGAGAUUUUCUUCAUGCGUGAGGUGCAAGAUUUAUCGGGCAAGGAUAGUACUCUCUUACUAAUGGAAUAUUCUGAAGAGCAUCCACCAUUGCUCAAUCAGCCCGGAAUGGCCAGUAAAAUCAGGAAUUAUUACAAAAGGAAAGUUGGAAAGGAAACAGAUCCAGAAUAUGAAUUUGGUGAAACUGCUUUUACGCACACUUCACCAUUUCUGGGUUCUCUUGCGCCAGGCCAAGGUUUGCAAUCGUUGGAGAAUAAUUUGUACCGUGCACCUAUUUACAAACAUUCAUCAAAUUCAAAUGACUUUCUUCUUAUCCGCACAAAGCAGGGGUAUUUUAUUCGUCAUUGCCCAACUUUAUUUCUUGUUGGUCAGGAGUGUCCGUUGUAUGAAGUACCAAGUCCAAAUUCGAAACGAGCAACAGUUUUUGUUCGGGACUUUUUGCUAGCAUAUAUUUAUCGGCUUUUCUGGGCCAGCGAUCAAAAUCCUAGAAGAUUGAAAAUGGAAGACAUUAAGGAAGCAUUUCCACAUUAUGCUGAAAGUUCAGUCCGCAAACGGUUAAAACAGUGCUCAGAUUUCAAACGAUUGGGACAAGGUCCUGACCAAAACUAUUGGGUUUUACGAAAUGAUUUUCGAUUACCAAGUAAGGAAGAGGUACUUGCGAUGGUAACGCCAGAAAUGUGUUGUGCGCAGUAUAGCAUGCUAGCGGCUGAACAACGCUUAAAGGACGCUGGUUAUGGAGAGAAAUACUUCUUCACCCCAGAAAACGAAGAUGAUUCGGAUGAUCAGGUUACUAUCGAGGAUGAGAUUAAAUGCGCUCCGUGGAAUACUACACGGGCUUACAUAUCAUCUAUGAAAGGCAAAUGUUUAUUGGAUCAAACGGGUAUAGCUGAUCCAACCGGGUGUGGUGAAGGUUUCUCGUAUGUUCGUGUCAGCGCUAAGCCACAGAAAGCUAAAGAAGAAGUCACGAAUGUUCCGAAACGAUUGGUAACCGGGACGAAUGCUGAUCUUAGAAAACUACCAUUGAAAGAAGCGAAAGAAAUAUGUCGAGAUUAUGGUGUCAGAGAGGAAGAGAUUAAUUCGUUGAGUCGGUGGGAGAUAAUUGACGUCAUCCGAACAUUGUCCACACAAGCUGCUAAAGCAAGAUCAGAUUUCUCUGGUAUGGCUCGGUUUGCUCGAGGAAAUAUCAGAUUUAACUUUGCAGAUAUGCAAGAAAAAUACAAAAAAUUUUGUCAAAGAACAUUUGAUCUGCAAAAUCAGACAUUGUCAAAUACAGAUAUUUUGAGUACGGAUGAAGGAAGCAGUGGGGAGGAUUCAGACAACGAAGAACUUGCAACAAAGCUUGAAAGCAUGCUGGAUGCUAACAAGGGUUCUGCUUUUAAUAUGGAUAAAAUAUUAAUAAGCAAAUCAUUCAUAUUUGACAAGAAAAAGUUGGAGUUUGAACAAGAGGAGAAGGAACGAAAGGCAUUGCAAAAAAUGCUUUGCAGUGAUGAGCCUGCGGGAUCAGCUAAACAUGAAAAGGAAAAUGAAAUGAAAGGCAAAGAGCUGGAUGCAACAACAGUAUUUAGCGAAAUGCAGAGUUCUCAGACUCUAGCACCCUCUGUAACAAGGAAACUUAAAAUAUAUCGUACCUAUCGAGCUGAAGAUGGCACUGAAACAACUCGGGUUGAAGUAAUUACACGUCAACAACUAAUCGACGCGUAUGUGCGUAUACGCACAAGAUGUGACGAAACGUUCAUUCGAGUGUAUGCGCAAAUGGAUGAGCAAUUCAAAGAAGAAAGAAGAAAAGAGAAACGACGAUUACAAGACCAAUUACGCAGGAUUAGGCGUAAUGAGCUCAAAGCUAAGCUUCAUGGUGUACCCAUUGGACACCCUAUUACCAAGGCAAAAAUAACGGAAAAGAAGCCACCAGUGAUAAAGCCAAAUCUGUUAAAAAUGAGGUGCAGUGCUUGUCAUGGUACGGGACAUAUGAAAACCAACAAAAAUUGUCCAUUAUAUGGUAAAGAUCCAACGAAAACUAUCAAAACUGUAGGCGAUAUUCAUCCGGUAGCUUUGACGGAUGAACAACUUGAAAAGAUGGCCGUUCCAUCUGGCGAAUUAAUUGCAGUGGAAGGAACGAAAUUGAAAAUAUCGAGAAAAUUGCUCCAUAUACCUCGUGAACUAAUAGAAGGUGAUAAAAAACUGGUAGCAGAAGGAGACAAAAGAUCACCAGCAGUUCCAGCUGAACCAGAAGAAAAUAUAAGUAUGGUUCAUGGAAACGACAAUAGUGAAGAAAUUGAUCCGGAUGAUGAUGUGCAAAUUUCAGGAAUUCCUGAACCACCUAAAUUAGGUAAAGUUCGCUUAGCUGCUGUUGGUUCCAAUAAGCGUCGUCAUACUGCCGAGAUGGACGAUUACUUAUAUGGACCACAAAAAACUGUUAAACGGAUAAGAGCUGAUCCAAAAGUAUCGAUGUCGAUUGUUUUGAGUGAAAUAUUUAAUGACGUUCGCAGUGUUUCCGGUUGUGAAGAAAUUAUGUUUCCAGUUAACCCAAAAAAAGUUCCAGAUUAUUACAACAUUAUAAAAGAACCAAUGGAUCUACAACAAAUCAAGAAGAAAAUUUCUGAAAAUAAAUAUGAAUUGAGACGACAGUUUUUGUAUGAUAUCAAGCUAAUAAUGGAUAAUUCAAUACUUUAUAAUGGUGGCGGUCAUCCUAUUACAAUUACUGCCAAAAAUGUUAGACAUGUUGCUGAACAUGAACAGAAAUUGAUUGCCUUGGAGAAAGCAAUUAACCCCUUGCUCGAUGAUAAUGAUAUCAUUGGUUUCUCAUUCAUAUUGAACGAAAUUGUACAGGAGUGCAAAAAUAUACCUAAAAGCGUUGCAUUCCAUUUCAAGGUCGAUCCGAAGAAGUUGCCUCAAUAUUACGAAAAAAUACAUAAGCCGAUGGAUUUGGGUACCAUGCAGCAAAAUAUUAAGGAACAUCGUUACACAACUGUUGAAGCAUUUCGAAACGAUAUUAAACAGAUUAGAAUGAACAGUGAGUUGUACAACGGACCUCCAGAAAUAUCACAAUAUACUUCGAAAGCUGUUGAAAUAUGUACAUUGGCCGAGAAGAUGCUUGAGGAACGAAAAGAACAAUUAGCAGAACUAGAGAUGAAUAUUCAGUCAACUUUAAAUGAGCAUGUAGAUCUCGAAUCAAAUGCAACGAGCACCAUGUGUGCUGAAGAAGUAGAGGAACCAUCUCCAAGUUCGAGACAUGAUGAAUUGGAAUCAAGAUUGAAUGAAAAUAUAGUCAAAAUGGAACCAGAUGACGAUGAAGAGAUAAUACCGAUGGGUAAUCUGCAAGACGAUCUUGCUCUGAGUGGGGAUGAAGAUGAUCUAGAUGAUGAAGAUCAAGAUUUAGGCAGUAGUUGUGAUGGCGGAGGGGAAGUAAAUAGUCAAUAUGAUGCCGAAAAUGAUUUGCUGCAAUCUCAAAUGCAUACUUCUGGUCAAUUGAAUGCAGAUCUGGCAUUGAGCGACAGUGAUGAAGAUGAAGAUGAGCAGUUUAUGGAGGCAAAAAGGCCAAAGCUGGAGGAUCUUACUACGCUUUAA